GUGACACAUAACCUUCAAAAAUGUUAUAAAGUUUUCCAAAUUUUCAUGCAGUUGCUUAUUUAUUUGUGCGUUGUUGCGCUCCUCUGCACUUUAUUUAUUCAUUUCAGGCGUACAAAAUCGCGCAACAAUUAAAAUCGCGACGGUUGAAACUUUGUGUCUAAAUUCCAGUCCGAACGGUAUUAAAACGUUGGCUUAAAGUCCCGGUUACAACAAAAUGUGAUUUUCGCAUUAUUGGAUCGAAAACAUGAUCAUACAUAAUAAUUCCCGCUGUAAUUAUUAAAACAAUUAAAAAAAAUCAAUUUUGUGUGUGUAACCUAAAAAUGUGGCGCGAAAUUUAAAAAUUUAUAUAGUGUGUUGUGACAAAAUGGAUCAAAUCAAACCUACUUGUGAUUUAAACAUCAACGACACUUUUUCGUCGUACCAAGAGCUCCAAGAAGCUGUCACCAGUUACGGGAACGCCCGUCGUGUCCUCUAUUGGAGACGCGACACAAAACGGCUGCACAGAGCCCCCCCGAAAAUUUUCGAAGUUGUUAAAAAUUACCCCCAGUUGGAGUAUUGCAGUAUAAGAUUUUCGUGUGUGCAUGGGGGUCAGACUUUUCGUCCAAAGAACGUAUUCGCAGCUCGACGGAGGAAAAGUAGAGGGACGUGGAAGCAAGACUGUAAAGCCGAAAUCUUGGUAGGUUUGAACGAAGACAAGAAUCGCUUAAUUGUGAAGAAAAUCGUCGAUGAGCACAAUCAUGAAAUCCCUUCAGAGGAGGUUUUUCGCCAGAAAACGCGACGGAAGAUGGAAAAGCUGAAAACCGCAGAGCCGAAAAUUUACGAGAAGAUAAUGAAGCUUGAAGACAAACAAAACAUUUUGAAUAAUCUUGUUAAAGUUAAUUCUUUGGCGAGGUCUAAUAAUCUGAGAAAAGUGUCAAAUGUUUUGAGGGAAAAGUAUAGGUGUAGUGUGACGCUCCAGGACGACGGGAGCGGCAAAGUGAUUGGUUUCUUCUUCCAGGACUACCACAUGAGGAAAUGUUUUGACAUGUUUCCAGAAAUACUUUUCAUAGAUGGGACUUAUCUUUUGCAGAAUAUCGCUUGUUGUGUGUACAUUCUGUGCGUGGAAAACUCACUAGGUGGUAGCGACAUUGUCGCUGUCGGUGUUUUAACGACAAAAGAAAAAGAAUCGGUUGAAUGGGUCGUGCAAAAGUUCAAAGACAACAACCCCAAGUGUGACAAAACCGUCAUCGUAGUCACUGAUAAACCCACCAGUGAGUAUGACAUAGUCCCUCGGUACUUCCCCACCGCUACGAAACUAAUCUGCCCUUAUCACGCCCUCGAAACAUUCAAAAAAGACACCCAACCGUCAAAAGUCUUGAACGUAAUACCAUCAGAAUCCGAAAGUGCGCUACAUUUCUUCAGUCAGUUAAUAGAAUCAAAAUCGGAGGAAGAAUACCACACGAUUUUAGAAGACAUGGAAGACAACGUACCAUAUUCCCUAAUGGACUAUUUCAUUAAUAACUGGCACGACUUGCGAAACGAGUGGGUUAAAGGUUUUAAUCCCUCCCUUCGCACCUGCAUCAACACCAAACUCGACAGUUCCAACCUAAAAUUAAAAUCCCCAGUCGCCAAUUGCAAGACUUUCAGUCGCUUCAUCAAUAACUUUUUCCUCGUGGUGUACUUCCGACGGAACGAACUCCAAUCCGAACUUAACCGAAUGGUCACGAAGAAGCACCCCGAAGAUGUAACUGAAUACUCGAAACACCUCACACCGUACGCCGUCCAAAAAAUCAAACAAUUUUUAUCGGAAAUGGACGAAGUAAGUUUCGACAGUCCGAACGACGGUUCGGACGUGAUUUGCGAAAGCGACGGUAACACGUUCGUGGUGUCUGAGAUCAGUUGCAAUUGUGACUUUUUUACGAUAAUGAAACUACCGUGUGUUCAUUUACUGGCGUACAGAAAAUCACAAGGGGUGGAUUUGUUUGAUGAGUAUUUAUUUUCGGAACGGUGGACCAAAAAUUACGCUAGGGAUUUGUUCGAGGAGGUUGGUAGACGUGGAGAUGCGGAAGGGGUACCAACUGAAGGCAAGUUCGCCAAGGCGCACUAUGCGUGUUUGUCGUUGGCAGGCCUGUGCAGCGAAGUCGGUGAAGAUGUGUGUAGUAAGAGAGUGGAGGUGUUGGAGAAGCUGCGGGAGUUGUGGGAGAGUGGCUACGAGGUCAAGGUGCAAAAAUUGAAGAAAGGGGAGAAGGAGGCGCUUUUUGACCACGAUUACGUCAGGUUAGAAAGUAUGGAAAGUGAGUCUUUUUAGUUUUAUUACGUUGACAGAUCAGUAAAAUUCACUUUAUUUAGAAAAAUA